UUUUUACUAGGCAGGCGGGGAAAUAUACGAUUGAAGUCUCAUUGAUUCGUUUCUGUCUUGGUUUGUAGUCUAUCGGAACAUUUAGCAAACUCUCGGAAGUUGUUUUUAAAAAAAAAGCUAAAUACAUUCUGACUUACUUUCAGCAUUUUUGAAGGGGGCCAAACACAGGACUGCAACAAUGUGGAUUCAGGUGCGUACUAUGGAUGGCAAGGAGACCCAUCGGAUCGACUCCCUAUCCAAGCUGACCAAGGUGGAUGAGCUUAGGCUGAAGAUCGCACAGCUUUUCAAGGUGGAGCCAGAAAGGCAACGACUCUUCUACAGGGGCAAACAGAUGGAAGAUGGACAUACUAUCUUUGAUUACAAUGUGGGUUUGAACGACAUUGUGCAGCUGCUUGUGAGACAAGCCCCGCCCCCUGCUGUCCUCAAGGACAAGGAGGCGGAACUUUCAGACUCCGACUCGGGCUGUGGCUCUGCUCAAAGUGAGUCGGACAAGAACUCUACGCACGGGGAGGUAGAAGCCCAGGCUGCGGGCACCUCAGCCCAGGUGGAGCUCCCUGAGCUCAUCGAUCCAGGCUUUGGCCUGUACAAGAUCAAUGAAUAUGUGGAUGCCCGAGACUUGAACAUGGGUGCUUGGUUUGAGGCCCAGAUUGUCAACGUGACCAAGGAAGCUCCAAGCUCUGCGGAGGCAGAUGGCACAGAAGAGGACAUUCGCUACCAUGUCAAAUAUGAAGAUUACCCAGAGAAUGGCGUGGUGGCGCUACAGGGGAAAGACGUGCGUCCGCGUGCCCGCACCGUGUACCAGUGGCACCAGCUGGAGGAGGGCAUGGUGGUGAUGGUAAACUACAACCCUGACGAGCCUAAGGAGCGAGGCUACUGGUACGACGCCCAGAUCCAGAGGAAGAGGGAGACCCGCACCCUGCGUGAAAUCUACGCCAAGAUAAUCCUUGGAGAUGCGGGCGACUCGCUGAACGACUGCCGCAUCAUGUUUGUGACCGAGAUCUUCAAGAUCGAGGAGCCCGGAAGCACGGAGACCACCGGAGCCACGGCCGACAGUCCCCUGAAAAGGUCCAACGGUCCGGAGUGCAAGCACUGCAAGGACGACCCCAAGAAGAACUGCCGCCACUGCAACUGCCACGUGUGCGGCGUGAAGCAGGACCCCGACAAGCAGCUGCUGUGCGACGAGUGCGACAUGGCCUUCCACAUAUACUGCCUCAGCCCUCCCCUCACCUCCAUCCCCGAGGACGAGGACUGGUACUGUCCAGACUGCAGAAAUGAUGUCAGCGAGGUUGUUCUUGCUGGAGAGAAACUGAAGGAGAGCAAAAAGAAAGCCAAGAUGGCUUCUGCAAGCUCCUCCAGCCAGCGGGACUGGGGGAAGGGCAUGGCUUGCGUUGGGCGCACAAAGCAUUGUACCAUCGUCCCAUCCAAUCACUACGGCCCGGUGCCAGGGGUGCCUGUGGGCUCCCUGUGGAAGUUCCGAGUCCAGGUCAGUGAGUCGGGAGUCCAUAGGCCGCAUGUUGCUGGAAUUCACGGCAGGAGCAAUGAUGGCGCCUACUCCCUUGUGCUGGCUGGAGGCUACGAGGACGAUGUGGACGAUGGGAAUGAGUUCACCUAUACGGGAUCUGGUGGGCGGGACCUGUCAGGGAAUAAGAGGACUGCUGAGCAGUCAUGUGAUCAGAAGCUGACCAACAUGAACAGGGCGCUGGCUCUGAACUGCAACGCGCCGAUUAACGACAAGCGGGGGGCCGACGCCAAGGCCUGGAAGGAGGGGAAGCCCGUGAGGGUGGUGCGCAGCUCCAAAGGCCGCAAGCACAGCAAGUACUCCCCCGAGGACGGCAACCGGUAUGACGGCAUCUACAAGGUAGUGAAGUACUGGCCGGAGAAGGGCAAGUCGGGUUUCCUGGUGUGGAGGUACAUGUUGAAGCGCGACGACGACGAGCCCGCCCCCUGGACCCGGGAUGGCAAGGAGAGGGUCAAGAAACUGGGGCUCUCCAUGCAGUAUCCUGAGGGGUAUCUGGAGGCUGUGGCUGCUAAGGAAAAAGAGAAGGAGAACAAGAUGGAGGAGGAGGAGGAAGAGGAGAAGGAGGUCACUGACACACCCAGCAAGGGGAAGAGAAAGAGGAAAUCCCAGCUAGAAGGGAAAAAGUCUCCAGCCAAAAAUACACCCAAAAAGUCGAAAGUGGAGACGUACAAACUGACCGCGGAACAGAAAGCUCUGAUUAAGGAGGACGAGCUCAACAAGAAGCUGUGGGACGAAGCCAUGGAGUCCCUGAAGCAGGGGCCGAAAUUUCUGAGCAAAGUGGAAGAGGGGUUCCUGUGUAUAUGCUGCCAGGAAGUUGUUUAUCAGCCGGUCACUACGGAGUGUCAGCACAAUGUAUGCAAGGAAUGUCUACAGCGCUCUUUCAAGGCUGAAGUGUACACGUGUCCAGCUUGCAGACAUGACCUGGGCAAAAACAACCCAAUGAAAGUCAACAAGCCCCUCCAAGCCAUCCUCAGCCAGUUCUUCCCUGGGUACAGCAGUGGACGGUGAUGAGCGACUCACCCCCCCUCCACGUCCUUAAUUACCACUGCUUUCCCUCUUUAAAGAAUGAAUGAACAGUGAUGGUGGAUUCGCAGUGCAAUUCGUACAGAGAAUCAUUUUUUCAUAAUAUAUUGGAUGGUUUGAAGACCAUAGUGCACAAGACUUAUCUAAUUGGGUGAUGGAUACUCCCCAUAAUAUCUUUGGUAACUUUUUAGUUUCAGAUUCUCUAAGAUUUGCUUCGUAGCUUGAAUAGAAAGGGAUAAGAGCCAGUGCCUUGGUAAAAAUGAAGCCCUUCUGUACUGGCCAAUCAAACCACGGCUGGGUUUAUGUCGUCAUUAAAACACCUAAGUUACAUUUCUUAACAAAAGGGAGCUAAAGAAAAUCCACAAUUGUUUUUAAAUCACUAUUAAUUUGCCCUGCUGUAGUUUUUAACAUGUUCAAUUAAGUGGCAGGCUUUAUAUUUAAGUGGUUUAAAUAGGCUAGUUAUCCCCUUCCCAUGUAAAUUUUUGCGAUUUGUUCCAGAUUAUUGUUAUCUUUUCCUCCUGUUGACCAUUGAGUUAAUUGCAUUGGAUAGGGUUGCUGUUAUCAACUGCUUCACAGCUAACCAGCUUCAUAUAAAACUAAGACUGAAGCAGAUAUUUUAUCUAUAAUUCAAAGUCCUAUGUAAUUACAAUCAGGACCCCUUGGGAAUCAAUUUAACCUUCUCUACUGUUUUUAAAUGGACACACUGUUUUCCCACUGGUUCUGAGUUGGUAUAUUUGUGCUCAUUAAUUCAACACAAAAUACUGCAGGUUAACUUUAUGGCAAUACCUCAUGUUUCCAUAGAAAUGAACUCAGACUGGAACUUUGUCUUGAAAUUGUAUUUUUGUAGCUGUUUUAGCCAUUCUGUUAUGUAGUGCAUUAUCGCAUAUCUGUUUAAAUGUAAGAAAUCCAAGGAUUUGCAAUGUCUUUUUAAAAUAAAAUAAAGUUCUUAAA